AUGCGGGAUGAACCCAACACCGAAGAUCCAGCAGAUGAGCACACUUCAGAAACAAAUGAUGAUGAUGAUGAUGUAAGGCCCGUCCGCUCCGAGCAUGAUUUUAUCGCAUUUUCCAAUGUGCUUGAUGGCGCACGUCCAUAUCAUUGGCUACUUGCGAUGAUGAGAUGCGAGAUGUCAUUGGCGCCAACUGAGCCCGAUUGUCGGUCGUUGAUCCGGAAGAGGAUCUCGGAAAGAAUUCCCAGCUGCAAAAUCAGUCGCCACCGGCAGCCACAGACUUACGAGAUUACCAUCGAGACUCAUUGGAACCCUUGGGAUUUCUUUGAGCGCCAACAGUACAGCUCAUCUCCUGAAGAGACGGCCGAGAAUGUUAUCGUCGUCGUUGGUUCCGAAACGAAUGCGCAAGCAACAACGUGUCUGGAAUACAUGGUUCAGACGUGGCCUAUGACCGGAGAGCACACCCUGAAUUGCUUUCUCGGCCUGCUAAAGGACGGUAGUUCAUUCUCACAAUCUGUUGGGACUGAUGGGAUUUCGACAAUAUCCAUGUCAUUCCAGAGUGGCAGACUUACUAGCAUUAGUCGAGGGACGCGAGCGUUUGUGACAGAGAUCAGUGAGCAACUUGUUUGGCUCGAAAGCGCCAUGCAGAAUCACGGCGAAGCGGACAAUGUUUGGCCCGUGCUAUCAGGCUUUGAGUAUUUGCCCAAACAAAGUACGGAGGAAGACGUGGGGUCUGUAACACCUUCGGCUUCGAGGCUGAGCUAUAUCACGGCAGUCAGCUGUGGUCCGUUCAGAGUCGUGGCAACAGAGCCUGGCGAGGGCCAAUGCUGGCACGCUCUUUUCCGCAGCGUGCCAAUCGUCCAAGGCUUUCCUAUUCCCAAGAGACUCGAACAUGAAAGCGGCCUUGAGCUGUCGCUCGAUCUUAUGGCGAGCUGGGCUCAGGCUCGUUAUUUCAAUGUGUUUCGGCAAACACCCAUGAUCAAGGGCUUCUCGAGCUUGCUGUAUCCCACGAAGCAAUCCGCCGGCUCGACAACUUGGCAUCUACGCUUCAACGAGGACGGCAGCCACAUUUCGUUCAUGGAAGGCAUCUCCUGCUAUGCGCCAACACUGGACAUCCCUGCUGUGUCUCAAGGUCGCCAUAUACUCGGCUGGUGCAAGAAGGCAGAGUUCUACGCAGGAGCCCCGGAUGCUAUGUAUGCUGUCGACGAUUCCAUGCUGCCAGCAGCGGACGCCAACUGCGUGUUAGGGGGAGCGAACAUCCACCAAGGCACGCUCUUGAAACAAGGCAAUUUCCAGCUUGGCGUCAAAGAUGUUCCGACCCGCCUAGGCCGCUUUGGUUCAGAUCCGUACUCGAGAUGUCUGCAGUGGCUCCACGCCCAGAGGGUCGUUCUCUGGGAUGAAGCUGACAAGCGCGGCUGGCUUAUCAACGGAGUCAGUGCCCUGCUGCACCUCCUACGUGCUUAUAUCGCAUUCACAAGCGAAAGCGACUUCGGGGCUGAGUUCCUGCUGAAUGGCCACAGCCUCGCGGAAUCGGCUGAUCCCCACUCGGCCAGAGCCGCCGUCGAGGUUUUGAUGAACGAACAUAACAGAAACCUCAAGCUGUUUCCGCACGAGCCGGAGCAGCUGAAAGACCAGGUUGAGCAUCUCUUCAACAUAUUGGAACAAAUGAUUGCGCACCAGGGAGCCAUCCACGAACAGUGUCUUGUGAUGCCUGGAAGCGAGCUAUCACGGAAGCGUGUCGAAGGUUGGGACUUUUCCGAGUUUGCACAAGGAAGAGACCCGAUCGACGCUUGGUCUGCAGAGAUACCUGUUGUAGGAAGGAGCUGGAUAGACUUGGUGCGAUCUAUCGGUGCAGUAGUACUGUUUGGCCGAGGCUUUGGGGAUCUCAUCCGACCCGUACAUUCAACAGUGCCCUGUCUCUGGGACCAGGUUCCGCAUGGGUCAUACUAUCUCACAUCCCUUGUGCGCGAUAUACAGGGCCUAGGCCAGGUACGUUGCCCACGCAGUGGGAACCUCACAACACGGAUCGGGGCGAGGUUUGACUUGCACAUCCCAAGCAAGAUUUUCAAACCAUGCCGUUGUACUACACCCCAGGCAGAAGAUCACGAUAGCUAUGUUCAGGUCGUGCUUCCCAGUGGCAGUUCUGAGCUCCUUCGCCUCAGUGAGCCAUUAGAUCGGCCGCUCACUCAUGGCGGGGCAAUCAUAUUUGGUCACAACCCAGCUUUUAGCUGGGUCUGGAAGGACUUCGGACCUCCUGAGCUGGGCAACCCUCUGCUGUUUCGCGAUCCAGAACCUCGAGCAACGCCGUCAUCGGACAGCGGCUACUCUUCUCAGGCAGCAAGCUCGAACGCGGCCGUUCCAUCAGAACCAGAGAUUGGCAUCAUCUGCGCACUAUCCAAGGAGCUCAAGGCUGUCUGGGCCCUUCUGGACUGCGCAGACCAGCGAGGCACGGAUGCGAACCCGUACCUGUUUGGACAUCUCGGCGGCUACAGCGUCGUCGCAGCCUGCCUGCCACAGGGCGAGUACGGCACAAGUGCCGCCGCCGCGGCUGCGGCACACCUUGCACGAAGCUUCCCGCAGCUCGAGUUCACGCUGCUGGUUGGUAUCGGCGGCGGCAUCCCGUCGAGCACACACGACAUCAGGCUGGGCGAUGUUGUCGUCGGCCUACCCGCGAAUCCACAGGAGCCCGGCGUGGUUCAGUACGACGCCGGCAAGAUCCGCCAGGACGGGUUCGAGCUGAAGAGGUCGUCUCUGCAGCCACCGCCACUGCACGUCAAGAAGGUUGUUGCGACGAUGGAGGCAGACCCGAAUCCUCCGAGCCAGCCCCUCGACGGCUACCUCCGGCACAUUGCGCACAAGAGCCCCAAGUACGCCUACCCGGGCGCCGACAAGGACAUACUGUACGAGCCCAACGAUCUCCCUGUGCUCCUCUGCGAGACAUGGGGGGCAUCGGGCUGCAUGUGCACACCGCAGGACCGGCCGCCGAGGCCCUCGACACACCCCCAGGUCCACUACGGCCCGAUCGCGUCUGGGAACUCGGUGGUCAAGGACGCCGCGACCCGGGACGAGCUGGCAAGGGUGUACGGCGCCAUCUGCGUCGAGAUGGAGGCCGCGGGCAUCGCCAACGAGCUGCAGUGUGUCGUCAUCCGGGGCAUCUGCGACUAUGCCGACAGCCACAAGACCAAGCUCUGGCAGGAGUACGCCGCAGCCACGGCCGCCGCGUACGCAAAGCAUCUCCUCACCCAGAUGAGGAGGUCAUACCCCCAGCGGCGCAAGCGCAAGCGCGCCGGCUCGGGCGGGUCGUCGCCAGAGGCGCGGGAGCGCCGUGGGGUCUAUCCCGAGAUCUCCUCGGAAGUGGACGGGCACGACAUCUCGCUACCGCAUUAG